AGUUAACCGGUAUUCACUCUCAGAGCACACGAUGAUGUAGAUAGAGCCGUUUCAACAAGAGAUUGGACUUUCCGGCGAGUUACUACUUACUUCACUCAUCAAAACAAAAUUGACUCUGUUUCAACUAAGAUAUACCGGUGUAUCCCUAAAUGAAUGUGAAAGAGUACCAUUGCGUUCAAAAUAUUCAUAUCGAAUAGCCAAUGACUGUACAGCUAUCAUGGGCAAACCCCGCUUUUAUCAAAUUGGAGAUGGUAGCGUACUGCUCAAAGUCCAAGCUCUUGUUAAAACACAUCCAAAUACACUGUACAUGUACUAGCGAUGUUGAGAGAGUAUCAAUGGUAGUUGAUUUAGCGCCUUGUUGUUGGUCAAAAAUAGCUAAAAAACAAUCAGAUUAUGAUAAAGUAAUAUUGUACAUCUGACAGUCAUGAUUUAUAACAAAAAACUUAUUUCAUACGUACUUGUACCAAAACAUUCAUACCCAAUAAAAAUCUCGAGUUCAAUAAAACCUCAAGACAAGCAGUUAUGCAAGUGGCAGGUUGAGUUGGAAUGGAAAGAAAAAAUGUUGAACAACAUAUUUCUCGGUGAACAGAACCCUACUGAUUUGCUAAAACAGAUCCAGUCAUUAUUUUAGGUAUAUGCAACAAGUAAAAGUUGAUUGGGGUAUAAAUUUAAAAAAUAACAUUUUACAAUGUAACACAAGCUGGUGUUUUGGAUAUGGCUGUUUUAUUAAAAGCUAAAUAUCACAUAUAAGACGGGUUUUGUUGGGCAAUAUAGGAAACCGGACCCAAAUUUUGUCAUUAAUUAAUAAGUUCAAAACAGCACAAUUUAUUGUGUUCCGUAAAUUACAAAUUUUUAAUACGUAAGGAUUAGUAGCUGCCAGGUUGUUCAUCCGAAUUGUGUUUCGAAGUGGGAGCUACAGGCCCGCUGAUAAAAAGAACUUUGAUUAUACACAUAUUCUAUUUUAAAGAAGGAUUAAUGGUUUGUCAAAAUAAUACAUGUUAGAUAUAACUCAACAAUGUUUUCUUACAGAGAAUGUAUAUAAUCUUAAGUCUAUUGGCAAUCAUAAGUAUUGGAAUUUAACCUUAAUGAUAAAUUUAUUUCUACAAGAAGCAGCAGACUUGAUAAACCCAAAUCCUUAAAAAAUUACUUCAAGACUUUUUGUACGUACAGCCAUAUUCCUGCCCACCAAGUGGUUGGCAGGUCGGUUGUUAAUCUAUUGGUAAAUUUUGUAAAAUAAAUAAGCCAUGACCAAAAUGACCAAAAUCGCCAAUUGAUGUUCUGGUGUUCUUUUUUAAUUGAUGUAUGACAUGAAAGUUUAACUCGUCUAAAACUAUCAAAUGAUCCUGGACCAAGUUCCUUAUAAAUUUUAAGAAAAACCCUAAUGACAAUUUGUUAGCCUCCUUUAUUACUUUAGUUUCCAUUGAUAAAUCCAUAAAAUAUUUUCGACUUAUCUAUUUUGAAAAAAAUAUUUUAUCAACUCUUGUCACCCACUCAUAUAAAAAAAUAUUGUGAUUAAACAAUUGUAAAUAAUUGCUGACAUAUACGAGUCUUAUAAAACGGUUAUGAAAAAACAUUGUGAAACCAUCUAAGUGAUUGUAAAAAUUCUACCUCCCUUUUUUUUUCUUAUAGAUAAUACAGUCUGUUGUGGAUCCGGUGUGUUGUCUUUAGUGCACAUUUCCUAUAAAGUUUUACGCCCGUGAAUAAAUUAAAUAUCAUCUUGAAUGACUGUUUGACUCGAAUGAAAAGGUCAAGAGUUAAGGAUAUGACUAACUAGCUAUGUUGAAGUUUGUUUUAUGAUAUAUAUAUAUACAUUAUUACACAAACAAUGUAAUCUUUGCCAAAAAUGAACAGACCAAUAUUUCUUACUAUUAUAUGUUAUAUGUAUACUUGUUUUUUAUGCAGAUUAGGUAAGGAUACAUCUUAUUUUACCAUCAUCUUUGUAUUUUUCUCCAUGUCAAGAAAAGUAUUUUUUCUUUGUGUUUGUAAUUUCUUUACGACAGGUCAAACUCAGUCUUGUACAAACUGUGGUGGAGAUGGUUCCUGUAACAUGGAUUCAGUGUGUAACAACGGAUGCUUACCCGGGUUUUAUUCUUUAACUUGUACACAAAGCUGUGGUAAAUGCGGGGGCAAUGGUAGUUGUAAUAGACAGUCCAGAUUCUGUGACGAGAGUAGUUGUUUACCCAGAUAUUUUGGUCCUCUGUGUAUACAGCUUUGUCCUCUGAAUUGUGGAGGUGACGGAAGCUGCGACUUUCAAACGGCUAACUGUCUUCAAGGAUGUAAAUCACGAUUUUCGGGAACCAGGUGCGAACUAUUUGUUGCGUGUCCUAGUUCUACUUGUAGAGACCCAUGCCAAGCAAUAAAUGGAGGGAUAUGUACUUCCGGUUGCCGCUCUGGUUAUUUUGGAGAUAUAUGCAACAGAGUUUGUAACUGUCAAAAUAAUGGCGCCUGUGUCCAGGAUACUGGUGUUUGUGAGUCGAUAUCUCUGACAACAAGUGUAACUGUUCCGACAACUGUAUCUGAUAUAAAUGACAACAUAAACAACAAGAACGACAACACAGCAUUGUUGAUUGGUCUAUCGGUAUCCCUUGUGCUGGUGUUGAUACUAUUAGUAAUAGUCAUUCUAUUAUUAGUGGGAUAUAACAAACGAAAACGGCCGGAGUUUCACGUAUAUGAAGGACCCGUUUUUCCGCCAUCCGAAGGAGCUAUUGUUGUGUAUGAUAGUUUGGAUUUGCCUCCAGAAAACGAGUAUAUCGAACUUCGUAGCGAUUCCAUAGACAGGUUCAAAAUAAAUAAAAUAAAUGCAUAAUAAGGAUUGGCAAGAACCAGUAGACACGCUACAUGUAGUAACGCUGCUCUGUUCAAAAGACUUAUUACAGUGUGGACGGUAAAUCCCGAAGAUUUAACUUUUUACUCAUUUAUGUACACAACAGUGAACUUUCGAUCCUUCCCUGUUCUCCUAGCCUGGAUAAAGAGCCGGCAAAAUUUUGAUGAUCAAUGUUGCCAUGAAAUUAAUUUCAUUUUUGUUCCAUAUGUUCCAUUUUUUGCACCUGAUUUGAUUUUCACCACUUCUGCUUUGCUAAAUCCUUUUUCAUUUUUUUUCAAAGCAUUUAAGCUUAUUAAAGCGUCAAGGGUCUUUAAAAAAGCCUUUUCCAUUGUAGUAAUACAUGUACGAAUUUUCUUCAGUCAGUUGCUUCAUGGACAGAUUUUUACUUGAUCCUCCCACACCCACUCCAACAACAAUUUUUUUUUAUAAAUCUAAAAUAAAUCUAAAUACUUGG